UUUUACUUUUUUUUAAAGAGAAUUGAUUUUUUUUUUCAAACAUUAUUAUAGUUUUUCUGCUUUAUAUUUUUCAUUUUGAUGAAGAUGGUGAAGGGACAAUUUUUGUUUUUUUCUCAGUGCCCUUUACUGAGCAGGUUCAUCCUCUGUGCGUUUGUUCUGAGCUGCUCUAGAACCACCCUAGCAAACCCUUUCACUGACUCCAACCCAAUUCUAGAUUCUUCUGACCAAGUACGUCUCAGACACCUGUAUACAGGCAAUGCUCACACACAUUUACAUCUGCAGAUCUCCCCUGAAGGAGUGGUGAGCGGAACACAGGAAAAAAAUCUAUACAGCUUGCUGGAGAUUAAAGCAGUAAAGCCCAGCAUUUUGGUGAUGCGUGGAAUGAUGAGCUCUCGAUACCUUUGCAUGGACUCCAAGCAACAAUUAUAUGGCUCGGUAAAGUACAUAGCAGAUGACUGUAACUUUCAAGAGGUGCCAUUAACAGAUGGAUACAAUUUGUACUUUUCAGAAAAGCAUCCUGCUCCAUUGACCCUAACCCCGUUAAAAGGAGGCUUACCUUCAGGCAAACAGAUGACACACUUCUUGCCUCUGAAGAAUACAAUUCCAUUGGAACAUAUGUAUAAUUUCUUUCCACAAGUACAGGGUACACACUUGGAUGCAGGGUCAGAGGACCCCCUAGGAAUGAUAAAUAUGUUCAACAUUAUUAGCCCCAGCCAGGACUGAAGUACAGCAACUGUUUAAGGACAAAUGGAAUAUUUUACAAACUCAGGUGUCUGAUAUGGCAAAGACCAACUCUUCUACCAAUCAGACACUGGAAGCUAUCUGUGGUCACCAGAUCACUAACAUAUGCACAGGCCUUUAAUUUGGUUCUUAAAAUAUCAUAAUUAUGAGAAUCUGAAGAGGAGGUCGGUGAUGGGAACUUACAGGUCAAGUGGAUAGCAACAAACAGGGAGACUUUAGAUAAAAACAUUUAUUGCACUGGCAGAUCACUUAGCCACAAGUAAAGAGAUGUUAUAUUGUGAUUUAAAGGCCUUGAUUCAAAUGAUACCUCAAAUACAAGCUGCCCUCUGCACUGACAUAUAUAUUUGUGUAAAUUAUUUAAAGGGACACUGAACCACACAUUUUUUUAUUUUUUACUUUCUAAUUUACUCUUAUUAUCAAUUUUUCUUCGUUCUCUAAGUAUCUUUAUUUGAAAAAGCAAGAAUAUAAGCUUAUGAGUUGGCCCAUUUUUGGUUCAGAACCCUGGAUAGCGCUUGCAGAUUGGUGGCUGCAUUUAGCUUACAUUCCUGCUUUUUCAAAUAAAGAUACCAAGAGAACGAAGAAGAGUUCAUAAUAGGAGUAAAUUAGAAAGUUGUUUAAAAUUGCAUGCUCUAUUGAAUCAUGAAAGAAAAAAAUUGAGUUCAGUGUCCCUUUGAAAUCUUAAAAGAAUGGGAAAAAGUUGGUUAGGGGAAGAUCAGGUCUAGAUUUAUAUAUGUAAAGAAAUUUUGUACUCAAAAAUGAUCUAUCAUUGACUUAAAGGUACAGUGUCCCUUAAAGGAAAAAUAACACAUUCUUAAAGUGCUCCUCUAUAUAGUAGAUAAAAGUGUUCAAGAUUGCAUUCAAAAACUGAAUACACCAGUGCAGACAAUAUAAAGAUAAUUAUCAGAAAGAAAACUAAUAUCCUUUAUUUAGACCUUAGUAGAUUAAUUAGUCUCAGCUGGUAAAUGGUUAAAUCAAAUAUUUUUUUAUAUUUAGAAGUAAAAAAAUAUAUCAAUAACACUCCUU